CUAUACUUACCUAACACGACCAACAAACAAAUCUCACAAUGAUUAAGACCCUUUGUAGUAUUGCUUUCUUCUUUGUCAUUGUGAAUGCUUUGGGAGAGGCAGAACAAUGGAAAUCGUAUAAGGCCAAUUUUAAGAAAAUAUACAAAAAUUCCAAAGUCGAACAGAAAAGAUUUGCUAUUUUCAUUGACAAUUUACAAAUAAUUGAAACUCACAAUGCCAAAUACGAAAAAAACCUUACCACUUACAAAAUGGCAAUUAAUACAUUCGCCGAUUUGACGCGAGAAGAAUUCGGGCAGCUUUUGGGAUUUUCUGCUGGUUCCCAGGCAAAUAUCACUAGAAACAAUCCCGUAUUUCAGCCAUCAGGAGCAGCAGUUCCAGACGAAAUCAACUGGAUUGAAAAAGGAGCAGUGACAGGAGUGAAGGAUCAGGGAGAUUGUGGAUCUUGCUGGAGUUUCAGUGCUACUGGUACCAUCGAAGGUCAAUACUUCCUCAAAAACAAAAAACUAGUUUCCCUCAGCGAACAAAAUCUUGUAGACUGCUCUACCGGAUAUGGCGACGAUGGUUGUUCAGGGGGACUUAUGGACAACGCAUUCAAAUAUACCAUGGAUUAUGGAAUAAUGAGCGAAGCUAGUUACCCUUAUUUGGGAGUCGAUGCGACUUGCAAGUACGAAUCCAACAAAGUCGUUGCUAAAGUCCAAUCUUUCGUAGAUAUAGUUGUUGGCAGCGAAGAUGGCCUGAAAUCAGCUGUCGGUACUGUUGGUCCAGUUUCUGUAGCAGUAGACGCAUCCGAAUUCCAAUUUUACGGAUCUGGCAUUAUGGAUAGUGCGUAUUGUAAUAAUGGUCGUGAGUAUUUGGAUCACGGAAUUCUGGCUGUUGGUUACGGUAAUGAAAAUGGAGUGGAUUACUGGCUAGUGAAGAAUUCAUGGGGCGCCGAUUGGGGUGAAAAUGGUUAUAUCAGAAUGUCUAGGAAUAAAGAUAAUCAAUGUGGUAUAGCUACUUGUGCUAGCUAUGCUGUUUUAUGAUCUAUUAAAUAUUAUUUUUUAUAUUAUUAACAUAAUCACACCUAUGUACUUUUAUGCUAUCAAUAGAGGUUCUUGUUCGAAUAAAAACAAUACAAAAUA